ACAACUGUGUUCUUUCUCUACAGGACAGAAGGGUAUACGGUCUGCAACAUGCCCUCCUUGUUUGGACGCGUUAGUGAGAAUGUGGUCAAAGAGGUUGGAUGUAAAGAAACGAGGCCUGUCAAACACUUGUCAAGUGCCAACAAAUUCCAUCUAUUUAGUAUAUUACGAAAGAAGACCUCUGUUUCACUGACGCGACAAUCUGAGUAUGUUCCACUUGGCUCCACCCUCAUGGACAUCCUACAGAGUCCUUCAGUCCCAGUAACAAAUGUGGUUGGACCACUCUGCUUGGAGGACAUUACCUGCUGGAAGCAUAAGGCUAGCGUGGAUGUGAAUGUUGGUGCAGAAAUGAGUGUGUCAGGGGAGUGUUCUGAGGACCAUGGACACUCCCUCGAGUAUCAGAUUGUUAGCAUCUCUCCCCCAAACCUGGAAGACCUUCUUAAAAGGAAACUGGUGGAUCCAGAGCCGCAAUACCUCAGUGAGUGCCGGGAUAGAAAUGACAAGCUAUAUGUGGUGACACAGACUAUCGAACUGAUCAAAGAUACUGUGCUGUAUGACAGCAAUAAUACGAAUUUUUUGGGAAAAAUUUUCCUUGGAAUUACUUCUGGCAAGAGUCAAGGUGAAGGACAGCAUCUCAAAAUGAAUAUGAAGAAGUUGAGUCUACAGAAGGGCAUGGUGAUGGCCUACAAGAUGCAGCAGCUAGUUAUUAAGGAAAAAGGCAUUGUUUCCACUUCUUCUGGUGGUGAGCAGACCUUUCAGGAUGAAGACUCCAGCCAGAGUGAGAGUGAGAGUGAGAGUGACAGUGGUAACUAUAUGGAUUUUGAGGAUCUACAAAACAAGUUGUCCUUGAAAAUGGAUGCACUGGGUGGACUCUCCAAGAACAUUCAGCAUGUUGUGUUCCAUAGUGUCCUGGCCAUGCUCAGAGAUCAGAGGGCUCUGGAGAACAUGCUGGAAUUCAAUAGCUUGUGUUAUUUGGAUGACCCUCUUUGCAACAUCCUGAAUGAACUGCAACAGAACUCAAGCCCUGCGGAGCACGCCAUUCUUGAUCUCCUUGAAGGCGUAAUUGAGUUCCUCUCUCAGGGGGUCUCCUGGUUCCUGGUGGGAGUGAAAUCUGGACUCUUUCUCACUGUCUUUCCCCACAUUCCCCCACCUCCAGAGCUGAAUGAUGUCCAACAUUAUUUUCUGGCCUUGUCCAUGGAGAAGAGGAUCCUGGGCCAGCAACGGGAGCUGGCAAGGAGCAUCUUGGAGCCCCACUUUGAAUACAUGGGGGUUGUCACCUUCACCCUCAAUCCUGAGCUCCAAGCCCCACUCCAGAAGGAGGAUUUGGCCAUCACCUGUAACCUGUUGGAGGAGUGUGGCCUGAAGAUAGAGCUGAAUAGUCCCAGGUCUUACUGGUACCCAUCAGCCAAGAUGUCGCUCUCCAUCCUCUAUGGGGUCCUCUCGUUGCUGCAGGAGCUGGCUGAGGCCUCAGCUCUCCCUGAGGGGCCCUCAGUCCAGAGGUGCCUGGCUUUCUCCCAGGCUAUGCUGAAUCAGACUCAUCCUCACUGUCCUAGUUUCAGUGUAACUUUUCCCUUUGAAAAACGUCCUGAGAGUAGUGGCUAUAUCACAGGCAGCCAGAAUCUGAACUUGACACAGUAUCAGGGUCUGCCCCGAGACAGUUCUUUCAGUAAUGACCACAUGCUAACACCUAUGGUUCGGGGAUAUGCCCAGCACCAGAAUGAGCCUGCUGGAUGCUGGUACCCGGAGAUGAACAACAGAGACAAAGUUUCUACUCUAAUGGAAUCUGAGGAGGUGGCCUUAGACAAGGCGAUGAAAGAACACCACCUUCAGGCCACUAUCUCCAUUCUGAGAGAGCUAGCUGUGCCCAAAGUGGGGAAAGGGCGAAGGGGAGGGGGACGAGCACAUGCAAAGCCCUAUCGUGGGAAAAAGAUUGGCAUUUUCGAGGAGAGAUUUUGA